AUGCUACGACCAACACCCCUACUCGUACUCCGCCCGCUCGGUGCACGCACCCUAACCCUCGCCUCGCACGCCUACCUCCCUCCCGGCCCCAAACCAGGCAGCUUCUCGGGCCCAGCCCCAACAGCGGGCGCGGGCCCGAACGCGACUGCGCCACCCAACGCCCCGGCCGGUAUCCCGCAUGCGUCCGUUGCUUCUUCUCCCCAACCUUCCACUCCUACUUCGACCUCUCCUCCUACUUCCAACGCACCCGAGACCUCUGGCCGUGACCGCGCAACGGCCGAAUCUCCCGACUUGUCUGCUACCGAGCGCCGGCUCGUCGAGGGAAUUGUGCGAGUUGACCACGCCGGCGAACUUGGCGCCAAUUGGAUCUAUCGUGGACAGAAGUGGGCGUGUCAAAUCCGUGGGGACCAUGGCACGGCGGGACAGGUUGAGCAAAUGUGGGACAAUGAGCGACACCACCUCAACGUUCUGACGCGCGUGGCGGACCAGCACCGCGUUCGUCCGACCGCUCUCUACCCCGUUUGGCAGGGACUUGCGUGGGGUCUUGGGGCGGCUAUGGCUCUCAUGGGCAAGGAGGCUGCUAUGGCGUGUACCGAGGCGGUGGAGACGGUUAUUGGGGAGCAUUAUGAUGACCAACUGCGCGCACUGCGCCCGCUCAUCGCCAAGCCCGACGCCCACCCCUCCCUCCCCCUUCUUGCCAAGGUGCUCGAGGAGUUCCGGGACGACGAGCUUGAGCAUCUCGACACGGCGGUGGAGGAGGGCGCACUCAAGGCCCCGGGUCACAGCCUGUUGAGUGCGGUGGUCGCGGCGGCUUGUCGGGUCGGUAUCACGGUGGCUGAGAAGGUGUAG